AUGCGAUCCCUUACACCGACGGCGCACGUCGCCUCGCUUGCUUCUGCGCUCCUGCUGGCGUCGUCAGCCUUGGCCGACGUAAACCUCACUCCGGCUUCCAACGUCGCCAGCGCAGGCUCAACCGUCUCCAACACCAUCAACCCAUCCUAUGCCGGCUUUGGUAUCGAGCCCACAGAUCUCUUUGUCUUCACCGGCACAACCUCCCCCAAUCAGCUCACCUUUAACCUCCUCUCCAACCUCGCGAAUUACACCGGCGCACCCCCACACAUCCGCGUCGGUGGUAAUUCAGGAGACACCAUGCUGUACGAUUCCUCCGUCACCGGCUACACCAUUCAACAGAAUCCUUCUUCAUCAGGUCAGGGCAAUGCCAGGCCCUCCGAUUACUUCCUCUUCGGCAACAACUACUUCAAGGUCAUGGACUACUUUCCCAAGGGCACCCCCAUCACCUACGGUCUCAACCUCGCAUAUCAAGGCUCUGACGCACUCACGCGCAUCGUCGAGCAGGCCACUGCCGCCUUUGACAACAUCGGCACAGACGGCUCCGGUUCCGAUCUCUACAGUCUCGAAAUCGGUAACGAACCCGAUCUCUACAUCGACCUCGGCUACCGCAAUUCGAGCUGGACCCCCACCGACUUCGGCAACGAAUGGGCCUCUCGUGCCGAAGCCAUCUACAACCAGACCUUGAAGCAGAGAAACGUGCGUUCCGACUUCUUCGAGGUGGCUGCCACCGCCACUACCGCCUCCAAAAACGGUCAGCCCUUCCGCAUCGCCAACCUCGUUGGCAACUCCCAGGGUGUUGCUGCCGACAAUGGCAUCUACGUUGCCGGUUGGAACCAGCACGACUACUUUUACUACAUCAACGUCUCACCCUUCACCCUCACCCUUUCUUACCUCCUCGAUCUUUCCAACACCGUCAACCAAUUCACCGAAUGGGCCGGUCAAGUCGGUCAGUCCAUCGUCACCGGAAAGCCUUACUACCUCCGAGAGAUGGGCAGUGUCGGCCCCAACGGUCUUCCGGGCAUCAGCGAGACCUUUGGAAACGCGCUCUGGACCUUCAACUUUUUCUUCUACGCUGCCAGCAUCAAGGUUGACAGUGUCCAGAUGCACAUGACCCAGUACUCUCAGGCCGCGCCAUGGCAGACCAACUACAUGAACGGUAUGAGCCCUCACGUUCGUCCCACCUACUACGCCUGGGCUGCCUGGGCACAGAUCAUCGGUCCCACCUGCAAUUCGCAGAUCGCCCCCAUCUCCAUCAAUAACCAGCCGUCCAACUACAACAACCGUCUCGGUGCUUACGGCGUUUAUCGUGGCAGCACCUUGACUUCGGUCGUCAUGAUCAACACGCAGCUCUUCUACUCUGGCAGCGGCAGCCCGUCGUACCAAAACUUUGUGCUCAGCUUGCCUUCCCUAGCCGGUCAGACCGUCUAUCUUUCCACCCUUACCGCAGCUGGCGUCGACUCCACCAAUAAUGUCCAGUGGAAUGGUAUCAGCUACGAGCAGAGUGGCACCGGACAGCCUCGCACCGUCAACGCCACCCAGUGGACCAUGACUGUCGGUGCGGACGGAACCCUCAGCGUCCCCGUUCGCGACAGCCAAGUCGUCGUAGCCAGCACCGUCCAACUCGGUCACGAGGCAGUCAACACCCAGAACUGCCAGAACCUCGCCACCUCGAGUACCGGGUCCUCUAGCGGCGGAUCCGACUCCAGCGGCACGGGUGCCAAGGCCGCCCCCACCUUCAAGUCCACCACCGGCUUCAAGUCCAGCAUGCCACUCAGCAUGACUGCCAUCAUCGCCAUCGCUGCCGGCGGCGGUGCCUUCCUCCUCAUUGUGCUCGGUCUUUUGAUCUGGUGCUGCGUGCGCUCGUGCAAGAAGAGCAAUGCACGUAAGGCACGCAAUGCCGCCAUCCUCAAGGCACCUCCUCGUCACGACGAUCGUCCCUUGCUCGGGGGCAGGGACGCUGCCGACGAAAGUUUCACGUCCUACCCUGUCUAUCAGCACUCGCCAGCCAUGCGAGGCUGGGACAGCCCAAUGACAUCGAUCAGCCACGCCCAACAGGUGCAGCCCACCCCGUCCCAGCAGUAUUCCUCUGUUCAACCGGCGUUCGCAACCGAGUACGACUAUGCGCCAUCACGGAACCCGUACCGCAACUCACAACUGAAUCCCUCGACGCCCCCACAAAUGCAGCAGAGUUGGGGGCAGCAGCAUCCAGUGUACCUGCAAAGCCCAUAUCAAUCCUACCCAAAGGCGCAAAGUCAGUACGGGCAGAGCCAGACUGGGAGGAGCCAACAGGGACAUAGCCAGCAAAGUCACAGCCAUAACCACAGCCAGGGUCACGCGCUUUGA